AUGAAUACAGCCAGCCUUGCUGCAAGAAAGUACAAUGAAAGAGGCCAGUUUCCUGAAGGAGUCAGAAUCAAUGCCACCAAAAGUGAACAGGAUGCCAGUAAGAUAUUUGUGAGGGGACUUUCCCCAGAAUUGAGCAAGCAAGCACUUCUGGAAUACUUGUCUCAGUUCGGAGAGAUAAUAGAUUUUAUCAUAAAAAGAGACCCAAAUACCGGACUCUCAAGGGGAUUUGGAUUCGUGCUUUUUGAAGACAGUUCUACUGUAGAAAAGGUGUUACAAGUGAAAGACCACAAAGUGGAUGGCAAGAAAGUAGAGUUUAAAAGGGCUAAAGCCAUUGAAUCUCAAUUCCCCAUCAAAAAGAUUUUUGUUGGUGGGUUGAACCCUCAGAUGUCUGAAGAAAAAAUAAGAUCCUAUUUUGGUGCAUUUGGGCAGAUAGAAGCUAUUGAACUUCCAUUGUGUCCAGAUACAAAGAAAAGAAGAGCUUUUGGCUUUAUCAAAUACAUGGAGGAAAAGCCUGUUAGAAAGGUCUUAGAAACUAGGUUCCAUUACAUUGGCUCCAGCCGUUGUGAAGUUAAAAUGGCACUCCCUAAAGAACCUCCUGUACGACAACAACAGAAUAAAACUACAACCAACACUGUGGUUAGGGAAAGAAAAGCUGCUCCAACCGGUAGAUUUGAAAGCCACUGGGGAGGAAGAGGCAACCAAAGCUUCCACUUCGUGACUAAAUCAAAUGCUCAAGAAGCCAACCUGGAUGCCCAAAAAGCUGUCCCAUAUACUUUGAGAGCAAACUCAAAUAUCACUUUAGCAAGUUCCUGUGGUUUCAUGAAUACUGCCCGUGAAUUCCAAGUAAACCCCAAUGUUUUGAUGAGAAAUUCAAUGGCUUUGGGGGCAAGGCAGAACGCCUUGGGGCCAAAUUCAAAUUCCAUUGGGGUAAACAACUAUACUCUGGGGUCAAACCCGAAUCCAUCCUGGGAAAAUGGGUAUGCUCUUGGGGCAAGUCCAAAUUCCUUCAGGACAAGCCACCAGUAUACCUCUGGGGCAAGCCCUAAUGUCAUCAGUACAAACCAGUAUCCUUUGGAAACACACUCAAAUGCUUUUGGGGUAAGCCAAUGGGCUUUGAUGGCAACCCCAAAUGUCUUCUGUACAAACCAGUAUCCUUUGGAAACAAGCCCAAAUGCUUUUGGGGUAAACCAACAUGAUUCUGGAAAAAGCCCAAAUGCUUUUGGGGCAAGCCAGUAUAAUCUGAGUUCAAACUCAGAUACCUUCAGUCUAAACUACUAUGGUUUUGGGCAAAACCCACAUGAUUUACAUACAAGUCAUUAUGUUUUGGAGACUACCCCCAGUGUUUUCAGGACCAGCCCAAAUGCUCUGGGUGCAAACACAAAUGCCUUUGGAGCAAAUCAUUAUGAUUUACAAGCAUCACAAAAUGCUUUUGAUACAAAUCAAAAUGCCUUUAGAGCAAAUGAGAACUUUUGUGAAGCAACUGAAAGUGGCAGAAGCACUGAAGGACUUAAUUUGUCUCGAGUAAACAGCAAUUUCUUGAAUAUCUACAAUAACCUGCCCGAUUUUCGUGGCUCUAAUGGAGAUUUUUUCUUUCUAUAUAGCUACUGGGCUUAUGACUUGGAAUCUGUACUUAAUUCCAAUGUGCAAAUAAACCAGUCUUCUCUCCUUGGUAAUAGAUACCAAGGAAUUUAUUCAACAUUUUGA